AUGAUCAUGACACGACUUUAUUGGGCGCCUGCGGCGCCCUUCGCACUUAAAGGUCGGGCGAGACCCGACAUUCAGCGCGCUUCGCACGCUCUUACAUACAGGGCGCUUGCGGCGCCCUUCACACUUAAAGGCCGGGCGGAGCCCGUCAUUCAGCGCGCUAUUACAUACAGGGCGCUUGCGGCGCCCUUCACACUUAAAAGCCGGGCGGAGCCCGACGUUCAGCGCGCUUCGCGCGCUCUUACAUACAGGGCGCCUGCGGCACCCUUCACACUUAAAGGUCGGGCGCAGCCCGACAUACAGCGCGCUUCGCACGCUCUUACAUACAGGGCGCCUGCGGCGCCCUUCACACUUAAAGGCCGGGCGGAGCCCGUCAUUCAGCGCGCUCUUACAUACAGGGCGCUUGCGGCGCCCUUCACACUUAAAAGCCGGGCGGAGCCCGACGUUCAGCGCGCUUCGCGCGCUCUUACAUACAGGGCGCCUGCGGCACCCUUCACACUUAAAGGUCGGGCGGAACCCGUCAUUCAGCGCGCUCUUACAUACAGGGCGCUUGCGGCGCCCUUCACACUUAAUGGCCGGGCGGAGCCCGUCAUUCAGCGCGCUAUUACAUACAGGGCGCUUGAGGCGCCCUUCACACUUAAAAGCCGGGCGGAGCCCGACGUUCAGCGCGCUUCGCGCGCUCUUACAUACAGGGCGCCUGCGGCACCCUUCACACUUAAAGGCCGGGCGGAGCCCGUCAUUCAGCGCGCUCUUACAUACAGGGCGCUUGAGGCGCCCUUCACACUUAAAAGCCGGGCGGAGCCCGACGUUCAGCGCGCUUCGCGCGCUCUUACAUACAGGGCGCCUGCGGCACCCUUCACACUUAAAGGUCGGGCGGAACCCGUCAUUCAGCGCGCUCUUACAUACAGGGCGCUUGCGGCGCCCUUCACACUUAAUGGCCGGGCGGAGCCCGUCAUUCAGCGCGCUCUUACAUACAGGGCGCUUGCGGCUCCCUUCACACAUAAAGGCCGGGCGGAGCCCGACGUUCAGCCGCGCGCUCUUACAUACAGGGCGCCUGCGGCGCCCUUCACAUUUAAAGAUCGGGCGGAGCCCGACGUUCAGCGCUCUUCGAGCGCUCUUACAUACAGGGCGCCUGCGGCGCCCUUCGCACUUAAAGGUCGGGCGAGACCCAACAUUCAGCGCGCUUCGCACGCUCUUACAUACAGGGCGCCUGCGGCGCCCUUCACACUUAAAGGCCGGGCGGAGCCCGACGUUCAGCGCUCUUCGCGCGCUCUACAUACAGGGCGCCUGCGGCGCCCUUCGCACUUAAAGGUCGGGGCGCUUGCGGCGCCCUUCACACUUAAAGGCCGGGCGGAGCCCGUCAUUCAGCGCGCUAUUACAUACAGGGCGCUUGCGGCGCCCUUCACACUUAAAAGCCGGGCGGAGCCCGACGUUCAGCGCGCUUCGCGCGCUCUUACAUACAGGGCGCCUGCGGCACCCUUCACACUUAAAGGUCGGGCGCAGCCCGACAUACAGCGCGCUUCGCACGCUCUUACAUACAGGGCGCCUGCGGCGCCCUUCACACUUAAAGGCCGGGCGGAGCCCGUCAUUCAGCGCGCUCUUACAUACAGGGCGCUUGCGGCGCCCUUCACACUUAAAAGCCGGGCGGAGCCCGACGUUCAGCGCGCUUCGCGCGCUCUUACAUACAGGGCGCCUGCGGCACCCUUCACACUUAAAGGUCGGGCGGAACCCGUCAUUCAGCGCGCUCUUACAUACAGGGCGCUUGCGGCGCCCUUCACACUUAAUGGCCGGGCGGAGCCCGUCAUUCAGCGCGCUAUUACAUACAGGGCGCUUGCGGCGCCCUUCACACUUAAAAGCCGGGCGGAGCCCAACGUUCAGCGCGCUUCGCGCGCUCUUACAUACAGGGCGCCUGCGGCACCCUUCACACUUAAAGGCCGGGCGGAGCCCGUCAUUCAGCGCGCUCUUACAUACAGGGCGCUUGAGGCGCCCUUCACACUUAAAAGCCGGGCGGAGCCCGACGUUCAGCGCGCUUCGCGCGCUCUUACAUACAGGGCGCCUGCGGCACCCUUCACACUUAAAGGUCGGGCGGAACCCGUCAUUCAGCGCGCUCUUACAUACAGGGCGCUUGCGGCGCCCUUCACACUUAAUGGCCGGGCGGAGCCCGUCAUUCAGCGCGCUCUUACAUACAGGGCGCUUGCGGCGCCCUUCACACUUAAAGGCCGGGCGGAGCCCGACAUUCAGCGCGCUUCGCGCGCUCUUACAUACAGGGCGCCUGCGGUACCCUUAUUAUAG